CAAGUAUAGUGGAUCAUCUGGUGUGGAAGCAAGGACUCGCGUGCACAGCACACUCCCCGUGCUCUGCUCUCUGCUCCGCUCUUGCAUUGCAAGCCACUACAAAAACUUGGCGUCUACUACCUGUGUUCUGCUCUCUCCCUCAACGCUUGAGAUCGAUCGAGACACAAGCACAACAACCUCUCUCUCUCUCUCUCUCUCUCUCUCUCUCUCUCUCUCUCUCUAUCUCUCCGUGACUGCCAUGGAGUUGCCGGUGAGCUUUCUGCGCGACCAAGGCGGAGGAGGAGGAGCAGAGGAGCAGAGCGGCACCCAGCUGGAGCACGAGGAGGAUGUCCCCUGCGUGCUGGACAUCUUCGUGCACGAGGCGCGGGGCACCCACAAGACCAUCCGCGUCUACGGGGACCACCAGGACGUGUACGCGAGGCUGGCGCUGACGUCGGCGCCCGAGGCCGGCGCCAGCGCGCGUCUCGGCGAGCGCCUCCCGCCGCUGCGCGUCGCCCGCGGGAGGCUGGCCGUGGACGUGCUCAAGUGCGAGCUCUGGAUGCGCAGCGGGGGCGUCCCGGACGACCAGCUCCUCGGCUUCGCGCUCGUGCCGCUCGCCGCCGUCGCCGCGGCCGACGGCGCCAGGGUCAUCGCGGCCGACUUCGAGCUCUCGUCCACCGACCUCCUCCACUCGCCCGCGGGCGCCGUGCGCCUCUCGCUCGCCCUCCGUCCGGGGCACGCCGACGCGUGCGAGCCGUCGGAGGCGGCCGUCCUCGGCCUCGGCCCCGCGCCCAUGGCCGUUGACCUUGACCACUCGAGGAUCGAGUUCACGGACCUUAGAGUUAGAGUGGAGCAGGAGAAGUCGGCGUCCUCUGACGGUGACGGCAGCACCAGCCGGAACGCUGCCGCCUCGACGGCCAGCACGGUGAGCGAGGAGGACAGGGCGUUCUCUUCUUCCGCCGAGGCGGCACAGCAGCCGCCCGACGUCGAGGAGGCCACCACGGCGUCGGCGCCCGUGUCCCGGCGCUCGCCGGACACGCCGACUUCGCGCGGCGGGAAGGCCAAGGCCAAGGCCGACGUCGACGUGCUCCCGUCCCCGGCCGGGGACAUCGUCGACGUGGAGGCGGAGCAGAGCGCGAUGCAGCGGCAGAUCAUGGAGAUGUACGUGAAGAGCAUGCAGCAGUUCAGCGAGUCGCUGGCCAAGAUGCAGCUGCCGGUUGCGCUCGGCGGCGGCGGCGGCGUAGUAGAGAAGGAAGAGACGCCCGAUGACAAGAAGGUGAUCGAGCGGCAGCAGGGGAAGAAGGACGGGGCAAGGGUGUUCUACGGGAGCAGAGCUUUCUUCUGAACUGGUAAAAAAAAGAUACCAGGGAAAAAUGACAUAAUCUCUUGCAAACUUGUUCGAGUUCGGCAUAGCAUUCAUCCCAUCCCAUGGUUUGUUCAUCAUUAGUUUCCGCUUGCCCAUUCGUAUUCGUAACUUAAUUCAUUCGAUUAAGUAGAACAAGAUCACAUAAUUUAGGAGAGAGUAACAUGUACUUACGUGAGUUUUUACGGACUCGCUUCGGAGACAAGCGACGGGGAAAAGCGAGAUUUUACCCGUGUCACUGAGAAUCUGAUUAUCAGUACAAAUGCGGCUAACAU